AUGGAGAACUUGUUGAAACUGCAAGUUGUGCUUCUGCUUCUUCUUCAACUUCAACAACAACAAGCUACUUCGGAUGCCACGGUGGAGUAUCUUCCCAGUUUGCAGGGCCGCCUCCCGUUCCAUCUAGAGACUGGGUAUGUUGGAAUUGGUAAAGAUGAGGAGGUGCAACUUUUGUACUAUUUUUUGGAAUCUGAAUCCGAGCCUACAACCGAUCCUCUGUUGGUUUGGCUAUCUGGUGGUCCAGGUUGCUCUUCUGUCAUUGUCAUUUUUAAUGAGAUAGGUACUUUUGACCAGUCCGUUUUGUGGAACAAGUCUACAAUGGGAGUAUGCCCUCGUUCGUACAAAAUUUACACGCAUGGACAAAGUGAUCAUCCACAAUUCAUUUCAAAUCCAUUUUACGUUUCUGGAAAUUCAUAUUCUGGCAUAACCAUUCCAAUUAUAACUCAGUCGAUAUCAAAUAGUAAGAUUCGAUCUAUUGAGUACAUAUUCCAAAUGCAGCUACUCAAUACAUAUUAG